AUGACCGAGCACAAUAUGGUCGCCAAAAUCCUAGGCGAAUUGGGCCUGGUCACCAUGUGGCAGUCGUCGCGCGACAUCAAGCUGCUGUGUGCCCAGCGUUUCGUGCGCAUGUUUGCCUACUUCGGCUCCACGCUGAUUCUAGUUUCAUAUUUGUCGGCCAUGGGCAAUUCGGACGACCGCAUCGGCCUCUUCAUGACGCUGACCCUGGCCGGUGAUGUCGUGAUCAGUUUUUUCCUCACCCUCUGUGCCGAUGCCAUGGGUCGCCGCGCGGUUUUGUCGCUCGGCUCCAUCCUCAUGGCCGGCAGCGGGGUUGUUUUUGCACGAUUCAAUAAUUACUGGGUACUGUUGGCGGCCGCGGUCCUUGGUGUGAUCAGUCCCAGUGGAGGUGAAAUUGGCCCCUUCCGCGCCAUCGAGGAGUCCACGCUGGCGCAUCUCACGCCGGAGGAGCAUCUGAGCGAUGUUUUCGCCUGGUACUCCCUCAUCGGCACCGCAGGCUCGGCCUUGGGCAGUUUGAUCUGCGGAUGGAUCCUGACUUCGCUUCAGUCGAUCCACGGUUGGGAAUUUAUUCCUGCGUGUCGCGCCUUCUUUCUGGUCUACGCGGGCAUCGGCGUGGUCAAGCUCCUUCUGACCCUGACCCUGAGUCACAAAGUGGAAGCAGCGCCGAAAGCAAAGAACCAAGAGGCGCAGGCCCAGACACCAGACCAGGGACAGGAGAAUUCGGAAACCCGACCGUUGCUGGCUGACCAGAGCCAGUCUGAUCAAGCCCCACCGAAAAAGAAGAAGCUCUUCCAAUCGAUUGAGAAAGACCUCUUGUCGCUCGUGAUCCGGCUGUUUAUCCUGUUCGGGCUGGAUGCCUUCGCGUCCGGUUUGGCAACGCAGUAA